UUCCACUGGAUGUCUUAAGGUGAACGCACCAAUUUGUAAGUCGCUCUGGAUAAGAGCGUCUGCUAAAUGACUUAAAUGUAAAUGUAGUGUGGCGACGAAUGGAUUCGGUUCUGAUCAGCACUUCCAGCUAGAAAUGCUGGCUACUGGCAGCAGCAUGGCACUACUUACUUGUCAAAUGAUGGAGCUGGUGUACUGGCGGGACCCCAAGAAGUCUGCGGUGGCCUUUGGCAUGUCCCUGCUGGUCCUUCUGUCCCUGGCCAUCUUCAGCAUCAUCAGUGUGUUGUCCUACCUGCUGCUUGCCCUGCUCUGUGUCACAAUCACCUUCCGCAUCUACAAGUCUGUCAUUCAGGCAGUGCAGAAGUCUGGAGAGGGCCACCCCUUCAAGGGUCUGAUGGAACAGGACCUAACUGUUGGGCCUGAGACUUUCCGUAAAUAUGUGGAUGUGUUUCUGACCUAUGUGAACCGAGCCGUUAAACAGAUCAAACACUUGCUGCUGGUGGAGGACCUGGUGGACUCACUGAAGCUGGCUGGUUUUAUGUGGCUGAUGACAUAUGUGGGAGCUGUCUUCAAUGGUAUCACAAUCCUCAUACUGGCUGAUGUCAUCUUAUUCAGCACGCCUCCGGUUUAUGACAAAAAUAAAACCCAGAUUGAUAAAUACAUUGAACUGAUUCGCACCAGAGUUGAAGUCACACUUGCAAAGCUUCAAGAUAAACUUCCAGGGGCACUGAAGCGUACCAAAGCAGAGUGAUUGUCCAUGACCCCUAUUCAACAACUGCGCUCUCCCUAAUUCUGCAACUUCAGUCCUACCCUUUCAAAUGCAUUCCCAGCGUCAAACCUGUGGCCAAGUCAUCGCUCAAUAUUCAAUGUACCGUAACUAACUUGCAUAGAGUGCAAUGCUUGUAUUUGUUGUUGGAGUCAGACACAUUCUGAAUAACUCAAUAUGUAGUUGUUACAUCCAUUUUGUGACUUAUAAAUUAAUGAUAUGUACCCAUUAAUUAUUGAAGAAUAUAAUGUAUAAAUGCCUCAUGAGCUUAGUUCAAUUGUCGUACCCCAUCAGAACCUGAAAUAUAAACUUGUUUUACUCCAAUGUUUGUAAACAAAGUAAAUGGAAACUAACACUUUAGCCUCAAAGCAUUGGUUUUUGAUUUGAUUUGAUUGGUAGAACUAUCAUUUUGAUAUCAUGGAUGGUUUGUACUUGUAACCACUGUCAAAGUCAUAGACAGCGAUAUGGAUGCAUUUCUCCAACCCCAUAUCUCAUCUUUUUAACGAAACGGUGGAAAGCGCUUGGUUUCAACUACUGAUUGGGGCUUUAACAGAUUCCUGAUUGAGGCAGGGGGUUUAAAUCAGAACUUUUAAUUAUUUCAAGGAUACAGAAUGGUGUAUAGUGUUUUUUAAGCAAAUGUUUGUACACUAAUCUGGUUUGUUUUGUUUUUUGAGGCAAAAGUAAUUUGUUGGUGUGGUUUGUGAAUUGGCAUAAAAUAAAGAUUUUUUUUUUAAACUUUAUUUAUGAAAGAACUCAAAGCUGGGAUCCAGAUUAGGUGAGACUGCACCACUGGUGCCCCAGGUGUCUCCGUUAUGGAUUUUUAAACUGGGCAGAGAAGCAUUCUGAGUCGUGGUAAUAAAGAAAGUGACCCUCUGCUGUUCUAUCAUGUGUGCAAUGAUGUCUGAUGGGGGGGGGGGGAAUUAAUUGUUUGACGUAAUGUCUUUGUUUGGAGGGGGCACUCAACCUUUUCGGCAUCAUCUCAGUUCAUCCUAAAGACACUUGUUUGCUAUCUGCACUGAGUAUUUUGCAAGCAAGUCCUCAAACUUGAAAUAAAAAUGAAAGAAACCGUCGCAACAA